UUUCCAUGACAACGCAAUCAGAAGUUACAAACAGUCAGAGCUCCGUCCCCAGUUUCUUCCUCUGCUUCUAAGAUGUCUUCAGAAAAUGUCUCAGUUCUCAUGAGUAACGAUCUUCAGUCGACAGAACCUGAGUGCAAAGGAAUAAAUGGCCAGAUCUCCCAGAUCCCAGGACUGUCCCCAAGCAUCACCUCUCUUCCUGAGGAGAGGGCCCGAGGGCGAAGGGCUGGGGUCCGAGAGAGUGAUUCUGACUAUGUCAAGCUUGCGAAACAAGGAGGGCAUAAGGGACUUUUGUGGCAUGAGAAUACAACUACUUCUCAACCUGAUGCAUACAAACCUCCAGGCUGGUUCUGCACUGCAUCAGGAGAUGAUAGACAACCAAAUCUAAUUAACAGUGAAGAGAAGAAAAACCCUGGAGCUUUUCAACCGCGAGAACCCCCCUUUGGGACUGACAAUAUGUCAGCCUGGGAGAGGGAUGAUAGCAGCAGCAGCAGCAACGGCAAAGAGAAGAACAACAAUGUUCCUGACAGCCAGAUGGUGAAACUGGAGUCAUCCAACCAGUAUCAUGAGACCAGCAAAUUCAAGAGGAUAGUGUUUGACAAGAAUCCAGCUCCUGUCAACAUGUCUAAGCUGCUGAGCUUUGGAUAUGCAGAAGACAACAAACCAACAGCUAACACUGAUUUGUCUAAUUAGAAGACUGCCAGUGCCGUAGGAAAAGGAUGUACAAACUCAAAUGCUUCCAGGAAGAACAGUGGCCAUCCUCUCCUUGCCUUAUUGAUUGCUUUACUCCUUCAUACUGAGCCACAUUGAAUGUUUUACUUAGUUUCAAAUGUUCUGCCAUGUCAGAUGUUGUACUCAAGUGUGAAAGUGCUUCAGUGGUUUAAAUCUAGGACCUUUUGUUUACUGUGCCUCAUUUACUUAAUUUCUUAAAGCUACAGUUUGUAACUUUUGUCAAAAUACCUUUGCAUCAUAUUUGCUGAAACUGUCACGAGACAGACAAUCUGUAAAAAAGCAUGUCCCUCAACGACAAUAACCAGUCAGAGUUGAGGAGUAUCCAACGCAGCGGUCAAACACUGCUUGUUAACUGUGGACAAACUGCCAAACUAGGUAGCGCUGAUCAAAUAUGACACAUAUAAGAAUCAAGACUCUGUUACUGCAUUGCCUAGUUCUCACCUCAGAUGUUUUCAGAAACAUAUUUUAGUGUACUGUUUAGCUGUAAGACAAAAAAAAAAAAAAGUUGGUCAGACAGCCAUGUUGGAUACAGUCAAGCUAAGCACUCAGCACCACCUGCCAGCUAGACUUAACAAUCUCAUUUUACAGCUAAACAGUACACUAAAAAAUGUUAAUGAAAUCAUUUGAGGUAAGAAAUAGGUAAUGCGGUAACAGAAUUUUGAUUCAUAUUUAAACACCCUAGUUUGACAGUGGACUGACAUGAAAUUGGUUUUCGUUCACAGGCGGUAAGGCCAUUAGAAAUCCUACAAAACAACAGAGUUUGCAUAGAAAUAAGAUUUUUUUUUCACAGAUUAUCUGUCUCGUGGUGAUGUGUAAAUAUAGUGACAGUUUCAGCAUAUGUAAAAAGUUAUCUUUUUAUUUUGCUGUGUCUGUAACUGUAAAAGGCAGCUUUAAGGAAUAAAAGUUUGAUAAUUCAGAUACAAUCAAAUUGACUCAAAAUGUUUCACAAUCAUUCUUUGCUUUUGCCUUAUAUACUGAAAUGGUAUUUGUUCUCACAGGUUGAACUUUGAAUGUUAAUUACAUUACAGCCAUCUUAUAUAUGUUUUUCACUUUAAUAUUUUUGCUGUAUGUAAUUUCUUAUUGUGUCUUCAGUGCACCAAUGUCUUGUUGUCUGAGUUUUGUUUUAAGUUGCUUGUCGCUGUGUUAAACACUAUUGCCCAAUCAAAAUUUCUCCUCUGGCACAAUAAAGUAUAUCUUAUCUUAAACUAUGGCUCAUCUUCCGGGACACAUUGUUAUAUUGCUAAUAAAGCAAAGGGUACAAUGCA